UCCAUUCCCAACGUCAUAUAUAUUGAGGAGGUAACAGAACGUGUGGCAACUGUUACGGCACCCCAGGUAUAUAAACUGCAGAAAUCGGCCGCGCCGUUCAGUCAGUGCUUAUCUGCGGUCACCUACAUACUCUCACCAUGAGAUUACUUCUGCUCUCACUGGUGUUGUGCAGUUUUGGAGUACUGGUGGCAAAUACACUCGAUAUUCGUCCCAUCUCCAUAGAAGAUGUUCUCAGGGCAAAUCCUGGCCUAAAGGCUGAACUAAAGAAGAAAAUUGAAGAGAGGAAAAAUGAACCCACAAGUGUUCCAGCCACUGCCUCAGCCCCUGCAACCACUGCAGCAGCAACCACCACAACCACCACUACAACACCAACUCCUCAAGCUGAUACUCCUCCUUCCACAACCCCCGAAUCUACAACUAAAGCUACAAGGCAACCUGGCCGUCGACGCCGGCCUGCUGGAGCUGCUCGGCGCAGGUUGAGGGUUUCUGACAACAAAGACGAGGAAGCACCCAUUCAAAAUGGCCGAACAUUCCCACAAUAGAUACAAAAAAACAAAAGAAAAAAAAAAACAAUUGCUGGCUAGACUGCCAGUGAAUGUGGUGAAUGGAGAUUCCAAAUACAAAGAACAGUACAUUCAAAAUAUAAUGCCAAGAAGAUACAAAAAAAAAAAAAAAAAGUUAAACCAAUUUCUUUUGGACUACACUUUGUUAAAUUAUUUAGACAUCUUUGAAAUAUUCUACAUAUGAGAACUUGUCACUUGCCUCAUAUAUUAUUUUCAAAUCUUUAAUAAAUGGAGAUCUAAUUCACCAACUUACUUCUGAAGUGCUUGAAAAUGUCCAGACUGUGAGAUCUGUGAAAUUACUAAAGAUUUUCUCUACAUGUACACUUUCACAUCUAGUAGCUUUAAAUUUUCUUGAAAAAUGUUUCUUCCAAAAAUAGUUUGUCUUUUCUGAAGCUUUUGAAAUAUUUUGUCUAAACCAAACAACUAUCAUGGCAUUUAUUUUCAACCAAACUCUUCUACAAACAUUUGUGACCUGAAUGUUAAAACAUUGAGCAAAUUGAAUGAUGUUCCCAGGAUCUACAUCCAGCACUUUAACAUUUGCCACUUUGUAACCUGCAUGGUUUGUUUCUUAAUAUAUUAUGUUAAAUAUU